AUAAAACGCUCUCACCACGCUGUUUCAUCCUUUGUGAGAUGUCACCCUUUUCAAACAUUUUUGUCGAUUUUUUACAGAUUCAGAUGGCUCAGAAAAUUCGCUGAAUUUUCUGACCACGACUUCUCAGGGGGUUUCGAGAAACGUUAGUGUACCGUUGAGUUCGAAUCAGCUGAGUCUCGAUUCAGAGACUCUUCUCUUCAUGCUCGGCGGCAUCGUUGGUUUUUUGCUGAUCGUGUUGGCCAUCUUUCUGCUCGUCUGCGUGUUUCGUCACAAGCGCAAAUCUGAUAGCAUUAAGAAAACCUUUAACAACGCGUGUCAGUCGAUUCGACGUGAGCACUCGUCACUAUUGGAAAAGAAGUCCGAUGAGACCAAAUUCCGUUCGUCGCCGUCGCUUACGCCUACGCCUUUGUCUUCGAACUGCAGCAAAAACGGCUGCAUGAAUCUCUAUUCGAACCCUAACGACGACCGUCCGGAUUUUUCCACGUCUUCGUCUAAGCUUCAUUCUAACCUCGAGUCCAGAACUUUGAAGCAGAUCUGCAGUCAGCCGAGUUCCGUUGCGGAUACACAUCAGAAAGGAGGGGACGACCCAGUUCCCGCCAUGCCGUUGCUGGAUUCUUGCGACGGUGUGUUUUCCGGCAACAAGCAACAGUUCUGCACGUUCAAGCCCAACCACCCAGGUCUUCUCGAUCUGACGUCCCCCCUUCUGUUCAGGAACCGACUCUCGGACGGCUACUAUUCAGACAGCCAGUGA